AUGCCAAAGACAACUCAUGGUAUGGCUGCAUAUUAAGGUGAGAUUGCAGCUUUAGUAUCAUCUUUAGCAAUAGCAAUAACUCCUUACUUUUUUAUUCAUGGAUAUUCUUAGAAGUGCUCUCCAUACAUUCUCAACUUCUGGAAGGGACUAAUUUCUAUCUUAUUAUUUAUAGUAUUACUUAUAGCCACGCAAUAGUAGUUGUUUCCUGAAGACUCAUUUCGUACAUAUGCUUUACUUAUAGCUUCAGGUUUUUUUGGUAUUGGUUUAGGAGACACUUUUUAUUUUUAAGCUUUUGAGACAUUAGGCCCUAGGUGGGCUGUUUUACUUGAAACCAUAACUCCUUCAUUUACUGGAAUUAUUUCAUAUAUAUAUUAUAGCACAACAUUGACUGUUUUGUAAUGGAUAGGAAUGAUUAUCACUGGAUUAGGAAUUUAUUUAGUUGCUCAUGUAUCUGAUCAAUAAAAUAUAGAAUAGGAGCAGUUAGAAAUUAAUUAGAAAUAGUAAGACCUACCAAUUUAAUAAAUAAUUCAAAAAGAUCAGCAAGCAGACCUAUAUAAAACAAGAUUAGAUGAAGAUAUGUAAACACAAGAUCAAAUUGUGUUUCAUAAUGAAAAUUCAAGCAAAAUCAAUAUUAUAGCUAAUGAAAUAUUGGUAAAAGAUAAAACUUGUUAGAUUGAAUUAAUCAAUCAAAGAAAUAAAUAUUCAAAAGAAUUCUUAUUAGGAAUCUUGAAAGGCCUUGGGUUCGCUUUUUGCCAAGCAUUCGGAAUGGUUUUUGCCCAUGAUGCAGCUGUUUCUGGAAAAUUUACGCCACUAGAAACUACUUUUUUAAGGGUGUUAACUGGUUAGCUAUACGUCACUCUAAUAAUGGUUUUUACUUGCGAUAGACUCCAUUGGCCUAGUAAGAAUACUGAAGAGUCACUUUAUUAUCUUGCAGGAAUUGCAUCAUGUUCCAUUUUAGGAAUUUGGGCAUAAUAAACAUCUCUCAAAUUUAUCAGACCAGAAGUUGCUCAAACAAUAAUAGCUACGUCUCCUUUAUUUAGCUUGUUUAUUGGAUGCUUGAGGGAAGACAAAAUCCAUAUAAAAGAUAUUUUAGGUUCUUUAAUUUCUAUUAUUGGAGUUUCGAUGGUUAUAUGGCUUUGA